UGAGGGGCUGGAGGACGCGUAGUGUUGGGUGACUUCCGGGUAGGACUGCACAUGUUGGAGGGUGGUGCUGUCAGUGACGGGUAAAACGCCAUGGGGCUGGUCAGCUUGGAGAAGAUAAUCGCACUACAAAAGAAGGCCGCUAACAUCCGCAACAUCUGUAUAUUGGCCCAUGUGGAUCAUGGGAAAACUACUUUAGCAGACUGUCUCAUCUCCAGCAAUGGGAUAAUCUCAAGUAGAUUAGCAGGAAAGUUACGAUAUUUGGACAGUCGAGAAGAUGAGCAAAUCCGAGGAAUCACCAUGAAAUCCAGCGCCAUAUCCCUGCAGUAUAAAGAUGGAAAUGAAGAGUAUCUAGUCAACCUCAUAGACUCUCCAGGGCAUGUUGAUUUCUCCUCUGAGGUCUCAACAGCCGUCCGUCUCUGUGAUGGAGCCAUUAUCGUGGUCGAUGCUGUAGAAAGUGUUUGUCCUCAGACACAAGCUGUGUUACGACAGGCCUGGCUGGAGAACAUACGACCGGUUCUAGUGAUCAAUAAGAUUGAUCGCUUAAUAGUGGAUCUGAAGCUUUCCUCACAAGAGGCGUAUGCACAUCUGAAGAAAAUACUGGAGCAGGUGAAUGCAGUGACUGGGACGCUCUUCUUCUCCAAGGUCCUGGAAGAGAGAGCUGAAAAAGACAAUACAGCUGAGACCAUUGAUGGAGAGGUCUAUGACUGGAGUGCAUUCUUGGAUGAGACUGAUGAUUCACAACUGUAUUUCUCCCCUGAUCAGGGCAAUGUGGUGUUCGCUAGUGCCAUAGAUGGCUGGGGCUUUACAAUUGAUCACUUUGCCCAGCUGUACAGUCAGAAAAUUGGUAUCAAGUCCGCUGUGCUGCUAAAGACCCUCUGGGGAGACUACUAUCUCAGUUCCAAGGCCAAGAAGAUCAUGAAGGGAGCACAGAGCAAAGGAAAGAAACCUUUAUUUGUGCAGCUCAUCUUGGAUAACAUGUGGAGCCUUUACGAUGCAGUGAUGAAAAGGGAGAAUGAGAAAAUUGACAAAAUAAUUUCUUCCUUGGGAUUGAAGCUCAGUGCUCGAGAAUCCCGGCACUCGGACCCAAAGGUUCACGUGAAUGCAAUUUGCAGCCAGUGGCUUCCCAUAUCACAGGCUGUGCUCAACAUGGUGUGCAAAAAGCUUCCCAGUCCUCUCGAUAUCUCUGCGGAGAGAGUAGAGAAGCUACUGUGCGGGAGCUCCCGACUGUUCGAUUCACUGCCUCCCGAAACUCAACAGCUCAAAGAAGCUUUUCUGCAGUGUUGCAAUGAGGAGAGCGCGCCGGUCAUUGUCUUUGUCUCCAAAAUGUUUGCUGUGGAUGCCAAAGCUCUGCCCCAGAACAAGCCGAGGCCAUUAACUCAGGAAGAAAUUGCACUGAGGCGAGAGCUCGCGAGGCAGAAGCACGCUGAAAAGAUGGCAGUCAACCAGGGAGCGGAGCCGGCUCCCUCCAGCAGUGGAUGCCAAGUGCCUGUAAACAGCGGGGGCAGCAAAGGUGAUACCCAAACUCUGUCCAGUGAAAGGGAGAACGUAAUACAAAGGUCAGACAAACAAGAAGCCGAGAACAAAAGUUAUUUUAUUGCCUUUGCUCGAGUCUUUAGUGGAGUGGUGCGCAGAGGGCAAAGGAUAUUUGUCCUGGGGCCUAAGUAUGAUCCUGCAGUAGCGCUGCCUAAGCUGCCAUCUGAUUGCCCCAUCACUGCUGACAUCUCUGCCAUUCCGCACAUGGCUUGCUGCUCUCUGGAUAGCCUUUACCUUCUGAUGGGCCGUGAAUUGAAAGACCUGGAAGAAGUACCUGCAGGCAAUGUCUUAGGUAUUAGCGGUUUGGAAGACUUUGUCCUGAAGUCCGCUACACUGUCCACAUCACCUGCAUGUCCACCCUUUAUUCCACUAAACUUUGAAGCAACCCCAAUUGUGCGAGUAGCUGUUGAACCAGCACAUCCAAGUGAAAUGCCACAACUGGUGAAGGGAAUGAAGCUCUUAAAUCAGGCAGAUCCCUGCGUUGAAGUGUUGAUUCAGGAGACGGGAGAACACGUCCUUAUUACAGCAGGAGAAGUUCACCUGCAGCGCUGCUUGGAUGACUUGAGAGAAAGGUUUGCAAAGAUUGAGUUGAGUGCAUCUGAACCUAUAAUCCCAUUUAGAGAAACCAUAAUCAGACCUCCAAAAUUUGACAUGGUAAAUGAAGAUAUUGGAAAACAGCAUAAAGUGGCCAUUAUACACCAGGUUAAAGAAGAGCAUAAUAAGUCACCUGAAGGUGUCCAGAUUGACCCAGAUGGCCUAGUAACACUAACCACUUCAAAUAAAUUGGCCACACUUAGUGUCAGAGCCAUGCCACUCCCGGAAGAAAGCACUCAUCUUUUAGAGAAAAACAGUGACUUAAUCAGAACUAUGGAACAGAUCAACUUGGCUUUCAAUGAAGGAAGCAAUACCAUUCAGGUCAGCGAGACAACAAUCAGCCGAAUUAGAGAAUUCAAAAGUCAGCUUGAACAACAUUUACAAGGCAGAAGGUGGCGGAAUGUAGUUGACCAAAUCUGGUCCUUUGGCCCUAGACGUUAUGGGCCUAAUAUCUUGGUAAAUCACAUUGAAGGCUAUGAAAGGCCCUCUAUAUGGCAAUGCCUUGAUAUAGUCCCCAAGAAGGUUAAAUAUCAUAGUUUCGAUAACAGCAUUAUUAGUGGUUUCCAGCUUGUGACCCUGGCUGGGCCCAUGUGUGAAGAACCUCUUAUGGGAGUUUGUUUUGUUGUGGAAAAACUUGAUAUGAAUAAAUCUAUGGUGUUGGAAAGACAAUAUUCAGAAGAAAAGGCUGCAAAAGGAGAAGACAAUCUACAUACAGCUGCUGAAUCCAUUGAUAAUUCCGUGAGGGAAGCUGCUGAAGCAAAAGACGUUCCACGACACAGUCAGGAUAGCACCAAGGCUCAGGAGAAAUCCAGCAAACGUAAAGGGGAUUUCCUAUUUACAGACUGUUACGGACCAUUUUCCGGACAGUUAAUUGCCACAAUGAAGGAAGCUUGCCGUUAUGCUUUUCAAGUAAAGCCACAGAGACUUAUGGUUGCAAUGUAUACUUGUGAGAUCAUGGCUACAGCAGAAGUGCUGGGUCGUGUGUAUGGUGUGCUGUCUAAAAGAGAAGGUCGUGUCUUGUUGGAGGAGAUGAAAGAAGGAACGGACAUGUUCAUUAUUAAAGCUGUGUUACCCGUGGCCGAAAGCUUUGGCUUUGCUGAUGAAAUAAGAAAGAGGACAAGUGGCCUGGCCAGCCCCCAGCUGGUGUUCAGUCACUGGGAGGUAAUUUCAAGCGACCCAUUUUGGGUCCCCACUACAGAGGAGGAAUACCUACACUUUGGAGAGAAGGCGGACUCCGGAAAUCAAGCUAGGAAAUACAUGAACUCUGUGAGGAAACGCAAAGGACUUUAUGUGGAGGAAAAGAUUGUGGAGCAUGCAGAGAAGCAGAGGACUCUGAGCAAGAACAAAUAAUUAUUCUCAGCUUCUUGUUUUGUUCUUCUUGCUAAGCUUCUUCAGUAAUUAUUUGAAUGUGUUGCUUGUAGUCUAAGAUUUUCAGACUGUGGAGCAGAUUUUAAUAAAUGUAACUGAUGAGA